AGUAAGGAUGAGAUGGGUUUGAGUGAGAGCUGGUACAAGAUCAAGAAGGCGGCUGCGGCUGACCCCAUCCCCUGCUUCAUAUUCGCAGCUGUGCUUGCAGGGAUAGGCAUCGGAUUCAUCGUCAGGUCCCAACAGCCGUCGCCCUAUGCCAUCUACAUGCUCAGCAUCCCAGGAGAACUCAUGAUCCGGAGCCUGGAAGGACUAGUGCUCCCCCUUAUCGUGUUCAGUGUCAUGAGUGCUAUCAUCCAGUGUCUCCAGGGUCAAGAAGACAUGGCCAAUGAGGGAGUAGGGGGGAGUAAGGGGGGAACUGGGAUUGGAUGGAGGGCACUUUGUUAUUACAUGUUUACUACUAGUGUAUCCAUUGCCAUUGGAGUCACGUUGACGUUGGUCAUCCAUCCGGGAGACCCUCUAGCGAAACCCCCGUCUUUCGGCUUUGAAGGUUUCGACAACGACAUUAUUGACAGCGGGGGCGCCGUCGACGUCCUUCUGGAUGUUCUAAGAAAUUUGAUUCCCAACAACAUCAUAGGAGCUACAAUGUGGCAGGACAAAACACAAAUCUCACGCGACAACCACACUUUCACAGACCCGAAAACAAAUGUAACGGGAUUCGAGAUAGUCGAGAACCGAGGAAUCAGACGAAUCCAGGGCGCCAACAUCCUCGGGUUAAUUUUCUACGCCGGCCUCAUAGCUCUGGCACUGCGAAAGAUGCCCGAAAACGGACGAAUUUUGAUCAAAAUAAUAUUCGGCCUGAACGAACUAAUUAUGAAUAUUCUAUACUUGUUCAUGUGGUUUGUUCCUUUCGGCGUUUGCAGUUUAGUCGCAUCGACGAUAUCCGAAGUUCAAGAUUUGACCCGAACGGCCACUAUGAUGGGAUCUUAUACCAUUACAGUUUUAAUCGGACUUGCUUUGCAGUUCCAGGUGUACAUUAUACUCUAUUCAAUUAUAUGUAGACGGAACCCGAUUAAGUUUUUCUUCAAACAAGCGAGGGCCAAUAUGAUUUCCUUUGGGACUUCAUCAACUGCGGCUGCUCUGCCCGCGAACAUGACUUGUGCAAUAGAAAACAAUAAGGUCAACAAACAGGUGGUGAAGUUCAUGUUGCCGGUGGGGGCGGCCAUCAACUGUGACGGGAUCCCCGUGUAUGAGGCAGUGGCCACUAUGUUCGUGGCCCAGAUGCACGAGGACACUGGCAUGGUCCUCAACCCACCCAUGAUCAUCAACAUCAUGCUCACCGUACUCGCUGCUUCUAUAGGCGCUGCAAAUGUCACCAACACAGGUCUCGUGACGAUGGUGAUAGUGUUCAAGUCAGUUGGUCUGCCCCUUGAGGCCAUAGGGUGGCUGUUCACGUUUGAUUGGCUGCUAGACAGGUGUCGCACUGUGCUCACCAUGAGUGGGGAUGCGUUUGGGGCUGCCAUUGUGAGCAAACUGUGCAAAAUGCCAGACGAAGACGAAGAUUUGGACAGCAGUGCCGACAAUGACUUCAUGCUGGCCCUCAAAGGACAACUCUCAACCACAGUGCCUCUGGGAGGAAGUGUCCUUAACAUUUGAUACUAUUACAAGAAGAGAUCACUUCACGCAAUCAUCGAAGGAAAAAAUAAGCGAA